GUGCAGGGCAGAGAGCGGGAAGAGCGGCCCCUCAAACGCCUCUCUGCUGCACUCAGCGAUGAAAAUGUGAAAAAGGACAAAAUUACUUUGAUGAUGUCGACUAUAAAGUGUGUGAUGUUGGGUGACCUUGAAGUGGGAAAAACCUGCCUGUUGAUGUCCUACACGGUCAACAAGUUUCCCUCUGAAUACGUCCCCACGGUGCUGAACACUUACUCCAUGACGGUGAUGAUCAGAGAGGAGGAGUACACUCUGAAAGUGUGCGACACUUCGGGCCAUGAUCAUUAUGACAGACUACGACCUCUCAGCUACCCCGACACUGACAUCUUCUUCGUCUGUUUCUCUGUCGUAUCACCCUCAACAGUUUAUAGCAUCAGAGAGAAGUGGGUACCAGAGAUUUUAUUCCACUGUCCACGGGUGCCAUUCCUGCUGGUGGGGACUCAGGUGGAUCUGAGAGAUGACAGCGUCACCCUGGAGAAGCUGGCCAAGAACAAACAGCGACCGGUGACCUUUGAGAGCGGAGAGACACUGGCUCAUGAGCUGAAGGCCGUUAAAUACAUGGAGUGUUCAGCUCUGACACAGAAAGGAGUUCAGAAUGUGUUUGAAGAGGCCAUCCGGGUGGUGCUGGAGCCUCUACACAACAAAUCCAGUCGCUGUGUCCUUUUAUAGAUACCACAAGAAGAACAAGUGGAGUAAAGGGCAGAGGAAGAAAAGCUGGACAUCUACGUGGACAUAAAAAAAAAACUUUUAGCCUGGAUUAGAUGAGAGGGAGGAAGGACAGACUCACUUUUAAACAGUGCCGUCACCAUGUUUGUGUGGUGUCGGUAUGAAUGAGCACUUUAUUUUCAUCACUGUAACAUGGCUGAUAUGUCGAACAACACUCCUCACUAACCCGGAAUGGGUGUUUAAUAACCACAGGAAGCAAGUUGAGCAAUACAAGCUGGAAUCUCAGAUGUAUUGAACGUACAAAUGUGAGUCACUCUUGCAAACAAAAUGCACCAUCUUUAAAUAAUAAAAUCUUGUGAAAGUCUGCAGGUUUAGGAACUGAAUAAAAUAACUUAAAUACAUUUUCGGAAAAAAAGUCAGUAAACUUCUGCUCUAUAUUUGUGAAAUU